GGUAAGCUUACCGUGAAAGGAGGGUUUCGGCUGUUGUUGCUACACGUGGAUGUGAAAUGAGUCAAGAGGAACUUUGAUUACAAGGAAUUUCAUAUACUCCUUCCCACCAUGGAUUGCCAAGAAAAUGAGUACUGGGACCAAUGGGGACGGUGUGUCACCUGCCAACAGUGUGGUCCUGGACAGGAGCUAUCCAAGGAUUGUGGUUAUGGAGAGGGUGGAGAUGCCUACUGCACAGCCUGCCCUCCUCGCAGGUACAAAAGCAGCUGGGGCCACCACAGAUGUCAGAGUUGCAUCACCUGUGCUGUCAUCAAUCGUGUUCAGAAGGUCAACUGCACAGCUACCUCUAAUGCUGUCUGUGGGGACUGUUUGCCCAGGUUCUACCGAAAGACACGCAUUGGAGGCCUGCAGGACCAAGAGUGCAUCCCGUGCACGAAGCAGACCCCCACCUCUGAGGUUCAAUGUGCCUUCCAGUUGAGCUUAGUGGAGGCAGAUGCACCCACAGUGCCCCCUCAGGAGGCCACACUUGUUGCACUGGUGAGCAGCCUGCUAGUGGUGUUUACCCUGGCCUUCCUGGGGCUCUUCUUCCUCUACUGCAAGCAGUUCUUCAACAGACAUUGCCAGCGUGGAGGUUUGCUGCAGUUUGAGGCUGAUAAAACAGCAAAGGAGGAAUCUCUCUUCCCCGUGCCACCCAGCAAGGAGACCAGUCCUGAGUCCCAAGUGAGUGAGAGCAUCUUUCAGACCCAGCCACUUAACCCUAUCCUCGAGGACGACUGCAGCUCGACUAGUGGCUUCCCCACACAGGAGUCCUUUACCAUGGCCUCCUGCGCCUCAGAGAGCCACUCCCACUGGGUCCACAGCCCCAUCGAAUGCACAGAGCUGGACCUGCAAAAGUUUUCCAGCUCUGCCUCCUAUACUGGAGCUGAGACCUUGGGGGGAAACACAGUCGAAAGCACUGGAGACAGGCUGGAGCUCAAUGUGCCCUUUGAAGUUCCCAGCCCUUAACUCUAAUGAGGUCUCUUGGGCUCCUGGCAGGCUUGCCCAGUUGUUCUCUCUGGACUCUGUUCCUAUACCACAACAGCAGCAGGGGCCUGAAAUGUGGUGUCCACAAGAGCUAAUACUCUACAGUUGGGGCAUAUCCUAUCCCAUCCCACCAGAGGAUUGAUUCUCCAUUUCACCAGGACUGAUCUGGAGCACUUCUUGCUUCCCUGUUGUAGUCUGGGGAGCCAGAUUCCACAUUCAUGGGACUACCAGACAUGUUCCUAGCUCAACUUGAUUAUAGAGAAGAGGAGAGAGGACAGUGAAUGGGGUAGGGUUUUCAUGCCUGCAUUUUUGGUCAGGUAAGCCUCUCAAAAUUGUGUUGGCACAUCUACCUAGCACUUUAGGGACAAAAUAAAACCCUUCUCCCCUUUUAGCUCCUCCACACUGCCUCCCUCCUCAACACACACACACACACACACACACACACACACAUACAUAGACACACACACACACACACACAUAUUAAUAUUUAUCUUGGGGGAGGCCUGGUGCCAUAAUUCCCAAGUUCAUGUCUCAGACUGCUUGCUGCGUUGCAGCAUGAGGCAGGGCAAACACUUUCCCUCUAGAUCCCUGGGGCCUCACUGUGUAUUUGAGGUGCUCACCACCCUCAGCAGGGAGAAGGGCUGAAGUUUGCCAUUUUGGAACCUUUCUGAGCCAAAGUAAUCUUCCUUCUGGGGCCUGGGUUCCGCAAACUACCCCCCAGCAGUCCCUCAGAGACAGCCCUCAAUCCAUUUAGGGACAUCUGAGUAUGACUCUUUAUAUUGAAAUGUCAAUUCAAUCCCAGCUCUCUCACCACUGUUCCCCUUUGAUUCUUUCUCAAUUGUCUUUUUGCCUUUAGCUCCCACCUAUACAUCUCAUGCUCAGAGAAAAACAAGUUCCUUGGAGGUUGUAUUCUUUAUUAUCUGAGAAUCUGUCUGAAACUUGUACAGCUAGUUCCUGUCCCACAAGUAUUAAGUGGUUUAUUAAGUACAUUAGGCAGAAUGUGCACUUCAUCACCAGGUUCUAGCUCUGGCAAAGGAGUGCUGUCUACAGCAAGAUUUUUGCUUUUAGAAUUUUAUUAAAUACAUCUUUUGGGUUUGUCCAUCUACAAACACUGAUUAAGGGCCCCUGGGGCAACCAAUUGAUCAGAUUACUAAAAGCACUUGGGAAAAAGCAAAAAGGUCCCAUUGUACUGGACUGAGGAUUAGAAGCAAUUGAAAUACAAGCCUGUACCAAGCAAGCAGCCUGGCCCCACAUAGGUAUUAGCAAAUAUGUGGUAACCACUGUUUUAGGCCUUGGCCUUUAGGUUUCCUGUUUGUUUUUGUUUUUGUUUUUCUGCAACAGGUUAUUCUUAUCUCACUGGCUUUCACUGAUCAUGUGUAUACCUUCUGGUAGAAGAAAUAAUAUCCAGACAGGGGAUGAUUCGGCUUGAGCAGGCUGCAGGUGUUCAAAGGUUGCCUUGUGGCUGGCUGUGGUUCAAGCCCGCAUUUAACACUGCUGCUCUAGAGGAAAGAUAAUGAUUGUAACACAGUAAUAAUAAUAAUAACAAAAAUAUGAUAAAGUGACAGAGUAAGCCUUCUUCAGUGUGCUUGCUCAUGGCAUGAAUGUUAUGUGGACAGCCCAAGCCAUACCCAGAAUCACCUUAAUUCCAACUUUUUGAGGUUCAGCAACUGGAGGUGGCAAUUUGCUUUGCAUUUUAAGGUAUUUCGGGUAAAGGUGAAGUGAAGGAUAUUUGUCUUUAUAAUUUCUGUUUGGCCAUGGCAAAUAUCAUAGUUGAGUAUUUGCUUCAGGAGAGUUCUUUUCACGGUUUUACUUUUCAAUGCUGAGGCAUAUUUCUUUGAGCACUGUGCUUUUAUGUGUCUUUCUACAGAGGGGUUCUUGGUCAGUGGAAGAACAACGUACACUUGAUAAAAAUAUUUUCAACAUACAUUGAGCCUAAACAGUAGUUAAGUUGUCUCUAAAUUAACUAGCAAAAAGAAAAAAUCUAGUUUUUGUUUGUAAGGAAGGGGAGGUAUUUCCUGAGAAUGAAUUUUUUUUUUUUUGGAUUACUGUUUUUCUCUCCAUAUACCUUGACUUGGAUUUUGACAGGAGGGAGUCUGGGAAAAUAACUUUUUCAUCCAAGAUUCUCAGAUCCAGGCUAGGAAAGGAUUCAGCACUACAGCAUACCCCUCUACAACAUACAGCCCUGUCACACUGAGAUCAUAAUCCCUCCUGUCCCACUCCUCUCUACCAACCCCACCCUACUAGCUAGGUCUUCAGUGUUUUACAUUGAAUAUUGGUACAUUUUAAUUAUUUUUUUCUCAUAAAUGGGUUAUUUAUAGAGAUUUUGUUAAGUCUCGAGCCAUAUGCAUGUGUAGAUACUGGCAGGGCUAUGUUUGUUUACGAUGCUCUGCAAACAUUUCAUAUUGGCCAAUAAACAGAAAUAUAUCCAAAAA